AUGAAGAAAUACAAAAGAAGGCCAAAGAAAGAUCUGCACGUUACUAUGAGAAAAAAGAGCACCUAUGCUGAAGAGCACAAACAAGAAUUACGGAAUAAAUGGAAGGAAGAUCAGAAAAAAGCAAAAGAUGCAAAAAUGGCAUCACAAAAUGAACCGGGUACGGCACAUACUUCAAAUUCCAAGCAAGAUAAUAACCAAUUAACUUGCCGUAAUAUGCAACGCCGAAUUGAAUACAGACUGGAACAAGAAACUGCACAACUGAGAUUACUUACUUAUAGUUUCAAAAGUCUUCGGAAAAAAACGAAUAGACAACAAAAGAAAAUAGACAAGAUGCAGGCAGAUUACGAAAAUUUAUUAACUAGAUUAAUCACGUCAGAUGAAACAAAGGACACAUAUACGCGAGAAUUAGAAGAGAAAACACCGAGGAAAGAAGUAACAGAGUUCAUAAAUAAUAAAAUACCUAACAUUGAAACUCCCAAAAAAGAAGAAGUUAAGAAGAAACUACUAGAACACGAUGUACUAACGAAGUCACUAAAAUUACAAUUCCAAACUGCUAACAAUACUGAAAAGAAUGUUUUGAGAAAAGUUUUGGAUAACAACAUUGUGAAAAAAUAUAAACUGAAAACAAGAUUAAGAACCUCCCUGGGAUUUAAGAGUAAUUUCAAAAACUACCGUCAUCAGAAGACCAGAACCACUGCAUUGCAAAAGAAAAUUGAAUGUUUUUUUAACAGAGAUGAUGUUAGCCGCACCAUUGCAGGCAAAAAAAGAAUACAGAACCUUCAAAAAAGUUACACGCCAAAAAAGAUAUUUGCUAGACAAACUAAUCGUACUUCACAGAAAGUUUAUCGCAGAAGAGGUCCAAAUAAGUUUCAGUACUUUCAAAAAGUACCGCCCGUUUUACGUACUUUCUCCAAAAAUCAAGGAUUGUGA